AUGAGCAAUCAAACUCAGAAACUCAAGCCCGCGGCUCGAGUGCAGGGUCAAAAGAAGGAUGUUUGGUCCAUGAUCAAUGAAGCUGCUGCUUCCUCGCCCAUCCAGCCUAUUGUAAAUCUGGGCCAGGGUUUCUUUGGCUACAACCCGCCUGAAUUCAUCCUCAAUGCUGCCAAGGAGGCUUUGGAUCGUGUCGAGUGCAAUCAGUAUGCCCCGGCCAAGGGACGACCGCGGUUGAGGAAGGCCCUUGCGGAUGCGUACUCACCAUCGUGGGGCCGGGAACUGGAUCCUGAGACCGAGAUUAUUGUCACUACCGGUGCUAACGAGGGUAUGCUGAGUGCUUUUAUGGGCUUUAUCGAGGAAGGUGACGAGGUCAUUGUCUUUGAACCCUUCUUCGAUCAAUACAUCAGCAACAUUCAGAUGCCUGGUGGUAAAGUCGUCUAUGUCCCCCUGCACCCUCCUGAAAGCGGUGCCACCAAGGACUCUUCGGCCGCGGACUGGACAAUCGACUUUGAGGAGCUGGAGAGGGCAUUCACGCCCCGCACCAAGAUGAUCGUCAUCAACACUCCCCACAACCCCGUCGGUAAGGUCUUUUCGAAGAAGGAACUCCAAGGAAUUGCAGAUCUCGCUGUCAAGAACCAAACCAUCAUCCUCUCAGAUGAGGUGUACGACCGUCUUUACUACGUACCAUUUACCCGCAUCGCCAACCUUUCUCCUGAGGUGGAGAAGCUCACUCUUACUGUUGGGUCUGCUGGAAAGAACUUCUAUGCCACCGGCUGGCGUGUGGGUUGGUUGAUUGGCCCUCAGGAACUCAUCCAGCCCGUCACUGCUGCUCACACCCGAAUCUGCUUUUCCACGCCCGCUCCCUUCCAAGAAGCCUCUGCCAUUGGUUUUGAGCAGGCUGGCAAGAACGGUUUCUGGGAUGACACUAUCAAAGAGAUGAAGUCCAAAGUGGACCGCCUGAAAGAGGUGUUUGAGGAGCUUCAUCUGCCUGUCACUUACCCCGAGGGCGGUUACUUUCUUCUGGUCAACAUGGCAAAGGUCAAGUUGCCCGAGGACUACCCUUUCCCUCCUCACGUUGCUGAUCGCCCGCGGGACUUCAAGCUGGCAUGGUUCCUUAUCCAGGAAAUUGGUGUUGCGGCUAUUCCUCCAACUGAGUUCUACACUCCCAAGAAUGCGCACUUGGCGGAAGAUUAUAUCAGAUUUGCUGUGUGUAAGAACGAUGAUGUUCUUGAGCAGGCUAAGGAGAGACUAAGGGAACUGAAGAAGUAUAUCCAGGAGUAG